ACCAAAGCCCAUAAUUUUAUCAGUCUGAUGAAACUUCAGACUUUGGAUCAAACAAAAAACCUCCAACUGAAACGAAGCAAUGGAAGAGAAACCCACUUCCUCUGUUCAUAGCCAAGGAACCAAAACUGUCGAGGAAUGCCAAGCCAUGAUUCACAAGAGUUUACGAACUCCAAUGGUGAGGUUUUUGAGAGAACGCUUGGAGAAAGCUGGGUGUGGUGUACAAGACAAUUUUUUCAAAGCUGUUAUUUGCGACCAGCCAGCGGCUGGUGCUUACAUUCCUGGUGAAGGGGUGAGAGUGUGCAGCAAUAAUAUACGAAUUCAAGAUCAGGUCAACCGGGUGGUAACUCAUGAGCUAAUUCAUGCAUUUGAUGACUGUCGUGCUGCCAACUUGGAUUGGGAUGAUUGUGCACACCAUGCUUGUAGUGAGAUACGAGCUGCUCAUCUAAGUGGUGAUUGUCAUUACAAGCGGGAACUGCUAAGAGGUUUUAUGAAAUUACGAGGGCAAGGAGAGGAAUGUGUCAGAAGAAGAGUUAUGCAAUCACUGUCUUUAAAUCCCAAUUGCUUUGGUUUAGCUGCCAAGGAUUCAAUGGAAGCAGUAUGGGAUGUCUGUUACAAUGAUACACAACCUUUUGACAGAGCUCCUUAAAAAUUGCAUGGCUGUUACUACUAGCAUUGAGUAUAGCAGCCAUUGGUGCUAUUCUUUCUCUGAGGAACAUUUUUUGGUUGCCACUGGCAUAGAAUCAUAAUGGCCCAUUGUUGAACACCACAAAUGUGAUUCAAAUUGAAUGCUUAUUUAUUUUUUAAAGAAAUCUCUCAAAUUGUUUGGAAGAUCAUACUCUUUUGACAUUCACACCAGAU